CACGAGCCGUGCCGUGCACGGUUUCAAGUACCUAGAAGAAGAACAUCCUUGCAGAGCCGCUGCUAUGGCCAUGGAGACCUUAACCACCACCGUCGUCGUCACCCUUUUAUUCCUCCUGCCAUUGCUGGCCCUAGUAGUAAGGCAAACGCGGCAGCGGCGGCGGACGACUGGCCAUGUUCCAACGCCACCAGAGCCCACAGCGAUCCCGGUAGUUGGCCACCUUCACCUCUUGCUAAAGAAACCACUCCACCGCACCCUCUCCGACCUCGCCGCCGGCCAUGGGGAUCUCUUCUGCCUGCGGUUCGGCUCCAGUAGGGUGGCAGUCGUGUCCUCUGCCGCAGUGGCUCAGCAGUGCCUGAGAGCAUUAGACACCACGUUCGCCAACCGUCCGCGGCUGCCGUCGGCGAAGAUCCUCUCCUUCGACUGGUCGACCAUGGGCCAUUCCAACUACGGGCCACACUGGCGGCAGGUCCGCCGCACCACCACCUCAGAGAUCCUCUCUGCGGAGCAAGUGCAGUACUUCGCCGACGUGCACGUGCAGCAGGCCCGGGCCAUGGCCCGGCGCCUCUGUCGUGUGGCGGCGCUUCGUUCCGGGGGCCGCGUACUUGUCGACCUCAAGGCACGCGUAGCUGAGAUGCUAUUAAACGUCUUGCUCGACAUGAUUUGCAUGAGGACGACGUGCUCUCGCGGUGACGAAGGGGAGAAGACCGGGGAAGUGAGUGAGAAGGCCCGAGUUUUCAUGGCGAUGGCGGAGGAGACGAUAGAGCUCACGCUGACGGCGUGGGACUUCCUGCCAUCACUGGCACGGUGGCUGGACAUUGACGGCGUGGGCCGGCGGCUGAAGCGACUGCAAGCAAACAGGACAAGGUUUUUGAAGAUGAUGGUCGAGGAGCACAGAGAGAUGGAAAAGAAGCAGGGCGCACAGGCGACAAGGAAUACAAUGGUCCGGGCGCUGCUGGAGCUGCAGAAGAAGGAUCCCGAGGCCUGCACGGAUAAGCUCAUCCACUCCAUGUGUAUCAGUGCACUCGAAGCUGGGACACUUAGUACAGAAUACACAAUUGAGUGGGCGAUGACACUGUUGCUAAACUGCCCUCACGUCAUGAAGAAGGCUCGCGAUGAGAUUGACGCGUGCGUCGGGAAACCAAAACGCCUACUGGAGGCGACCGACGUCCCCAAGCUGCCAUACCUGCGAUGCAUCAUCCUAGAGACGCUUCGCCUGUACCCAGUUGUACCGCUUCUAGUCCCUCGUGAAUCCUCUGCCGACUGCACCGUCAAUGGGUUCCAUAUUCCCAAAGGAACCAUGCUUCUCGUGAACACAUUUGUGAUCCAUAGGGAUCCUAGGGCAUGGGAUGACCCAGAAACGUUCCUCCCGGAAAGGUUUGAGGAUGGCAGGAACAAUAAUCAAGCUGGUAAGAUGGCCAUGUCAUUUGGCAUGGGGAGACGACGGUGCCCAGCAGAGAACCUUGGCAUGCAGCUGGCAAGCCUUGCGUUGGGAACCAUGAUCCAGUGCUUCGACUGGGAACGAGUGGGCACGGAGCUUGUUGACAUGUCUGAGGGCUCUGGCUUAACCUUGUUCAAGAAGAACCCAUUGGAGGCCAUCUGCCAGCCUCGUGCUUCUAUGGUUGAUCUUCUUUCAUUCUGUGAUUUAAUAUAAUAUACUACGUUUGUAUUGAGACACGCACGCACAUCAAUAAUGCUUAUUAGUGUCUCUUUCGGAGGGCAUGGCAGCCCACCGGGAGGAUGAUCAUGUGUGUGUGGACUCGUUGGUCGCUGAAUACGUAUAUUGUUGUUGUACGUA